GUAACGAGUACAAAAAGUAAGUGUUUAUUACACACGAUGUGAAACAGGUCCAACGAGUCCGUUAAGACAAAUGGAAAAAUACUGUCCACGGACAUCCAUAGACUAUUAGUAUAGUGAUAUUUUUCAAUAUUUUAUAAGUGGUUGACUAUCAAUUAUGGUUAAGAAUAAAACAAAGUUUAUGUUAAUAGGAUUGAUGAUAUCAAAAAUCACAAUUAUUUUUGUAAUAUAUUUGCAAAGCUCACAGUUGCAAAACAACAUUUUUUAUAAGUUAUCCAAACCAAUUACUAGAAAGUUAUUGUUAAAUAGAAAGACUUACGUACUGUCAACUGACGAUUACAAUCGUCUGUUUAAUAUCAGCUUUGAGUUUUCUAUAUUGAAUCAAGUGUGCCAUGAAAAUGUUCCAUUAUUAGUGCUUAUAUUGGUCCAUUCUGCACCUUUGAAUUUCAGGAAGAGGCAGACAAUAAGGACUACAUGGGGGCAAGUGGGAGAAAAUAAAAAACUACUGUUCCUGAUAGCAGAUCCUGGUUCUACAAGAAAACAGAAAAAAAUAGAAGUUGAAAAUGCGCAAUUUGGUGAUAUUAUACAAGGAAAUUUUAAAGACAGUUACAAAAACUUGACGUACAAGCAUAUAAUGGCUCUAAAAUACUUUGUUUAUCAUUGUCCGCAUGCAAAAUUUUUAUUAAAAACCGACGACGACGUCUUCAUCAACUGGCCAAGUAUGGAAAAUUUUCUUACUUUCGGUGUAUAUCCUUACAGUGAUAGACAAACUAUAUAUUGUGUUACGAGAACUCACAGCCCUGUAGAAAGAAACUAUUCCAAAUGGGUGGUAUCAUUUAAUGAAUAUCCAGAAGAAGUCUAUCCACCGUAUUGUCUUGGAUAUAUUCUUAUUUACACACCAGAAGUAGUAGUAGCUCUAUACAACGAAGCGCAACAAUCAAACUCCUUUUUGUGGGUAGACGAUGUUUUCGUAACUGGUAUUCUUUUUAAGAAACUUGGGUAUAUUCACACAGAUAUCGAAUUUUUGGAGUUAUCGUACGAAGAUUUGUAUGCUAUUAUUGGGCAAUCCACCGACAUUACAAUUAAACCGUUCUUAUUUAAAUUACUCAGUGGAAUAGGGAUGAAAAUUGUUUGGGAAUAUAUUUCAAAGCAUGCACCUCCAAGGAAUAUUUACAAAUUAUAUCGAUAAUAAAAUUUUGU